AUGGCUCCACCAACUUCAGAAAGCGCAUCCCCAAUCGGGAUUGCCAACCUCCCCAACCAACGCCAUAAAAUCGUAGCAAAGAGAGGAGCUGCGUUCACGAUUAUGGUUGCUGGUGAAUCUGGAUUAGGAAAGACGACCUUCAUUAACACCCUCUUUUCCACAACUAUCAAAAACUACGCGGACCACAAGCGCAGACACGCAAAGCAGGUGGACAAGACUGUCGAGAUUGAGAUUACAAAGGCCGAGCUGGAGGAGAAGUUCUUCAAGGUCCGCCUCACCGUUAUCGAUACACCCGGCUUCGGAGACUACGUUAACAACCGCGACUCGUGGAUGCCAAUUAUCGAAUUCUUGGAUGAUCAACAUGAGUCCUAUAUGUUGCAAGAGCAACAGCCCCGCCGUGUUGACAAGAUUGAUCUUCGUGUCCACGCGUGUUUGUACUUCAUUAGACCCACCGGACAUACCCUGAAGCCAUUGGACAUUGAGGUUAUGAAGAGACUAAGCUCUAGAGUCAACUUGAUCCCCGUUGUCGCAAAGGCAGAUACCCUUAGCCCAGCUGACUUGUCUCGCUUCAAGCAAAGAAUUCGGGCUGUCAUCGAGGCACAAGGCAUCAAGAUCUACACACCACCCGUCGAAGAAGAUGAUGAGCAAGCCGCUCAACACGCACGAUCCCUUAUGGGCGCUAUGCCAUUCGCUGUCAUCGGUUCUGAGAAGGAUGUCAAGACUGGUGAUGGACGUAUCGUCAAGGGCCGCCAAUACUCGUGGGGUGUUGCUGAGGUCGAGAACGAGGACCAUUGCGAUUUCAAGAAGCUGCGCUCGAUCCUGAUCCGAACCCACAUGUUGGACCUCAUCCACACCACGGAAGAGGCACACUACGAAGCCUACCGCGCCCAGCAGAUGGAGACACGCAAGUUCGGCGAGGCCAGACCCAGAAAGCUUGACAACCCCAAGUUCAAGGAAGAGGAAGAGAGCCUGCGAAAGCGAUUCACUGAGCAGGUUAAGAUCGAGGAGCACCGAUUCAGACAAUGGGAGCAGAAGCUUAUUAGUGAGCGUGAUCGCCUGAACAAGGAUUUGGAGAGCACGCACGCUGCUAUCAAGUCUUUGGAGACGGAACUUGAGGCGAUGCAGGGUAGUGCUGUUCGCAGCCACGGCCGUCGUUAA